CAAAUGUCGGAUGUGCACUUGUGUAUUGUUUUACAGUUGUUUAUUUUUGUAAUAUAAAUAAAAUAUAAUCAAUGCAGAAGGAAAUGUGACGGAUUUAGUGUGGCAUAUCACUUACAAACGACUGGACAUUUGCUUAUAUCGAUAGUUAAGAAAUGUCAUUGAUGAAUGUAAAGAAUUUGUGAAGAUGCGAUUAUUUUUCGUAUUUGGCGUCGUGCCAUAGUUUUAAUUGCAGUUUUAUCGAGGAUACGAAUCAUGAAGUGGUCGGCGCUAGUUAUUUUAACGUUGUUGUGGGUUCAAGGUGUCGUUGGUUUCUGUCCCUCAUUGUGUACCUGUAAGGGUAACAAAGCGGCUGAUGGGGCGUUAGCGGAGCCCCAGCCAGACGAGCUAUUAAAGCUCAAGUGUGGUGGAAGCCCAGCACAAAUUACGGAGCUUAAAGAAAUAGAUUUGAGUAAAUUAUGGACAAUUGUAGUAAGCUUGAAUCUAUCUGGCAAUGCGAUAUCGACCUUAUCACGAGAGCUGUAUCUGCCAAAUUUACAGAAACUAGAUCUAAGCAGAAAUCAAAUAAGCUUGAUAGAAUCAGAUGCAUUCUACAAUAUGACAGCAAUUCAGCGACUAGAUCUGUCUUACAACCAGAUCAGCAAUGUUUACAAGGAGAUGUUCAAGGGCCUGACUAAUCUGGAGCGCCUCAUAUUGUCACAGAAUCACAUAUCUGCUAUGGCGGCUGGCACCUUUGACUAUCUUAUAGGAUUAAAACAAUUGGACAUAACUGAUAACCCACUAAUAUGCGAUUGCGACCUCCUUUGGGUCGGUGAAUGGUCGCGCAAUACUAGCGUCAAGUUAGUGGGCAAUCCAAAAUGUGCCUUCCCCGAGAACAUGGCGAACAAAUUUGUAAGGAAAUUAAAAAUAUUGCUCGACCGGUCCGCCUGUGGUAACGCAGUGUCCAGCAACAAUUUGAUAGUGAAACCAUCCAACGAUCAAGUAGUCUUCGUCGGAGAUACUUUAACAUUAUCCUGUAAUGCUCCCUUUGCUUCUGGCUUGGCUAAGUACGAGCUGCGCUGGGUCCAUCCGAUGCUUGAGAUCUGUGAUGUGAACGUCACAAACACAGAUAUGCAGGAAGAAGGCUUAGCGGAGACUACGGUGCACUUUCCGAACAUCACAAAUCACCAUAUGGGGAACUGGACGUGUGUGUACCACGACCAGAAUCACAUAAAACACAAUCACACCGUGCAAGUGUUGGUGCUGUCGAACUCUACGCAGUACUGUCCAACGAACUAUACGAUUGAUAAUAAAGGAUUGUAUUCGUGGCCUCAACUACUUUUGAAUCGUACUGCAGCAGUGCCAUGCCGCAGUGGGGAAGGGAUGGCGUACAGAUCCUGUUUCUCUAACUCAACUUGGGGCCCUGCCAAUACAAGUGAAUGCUCCUACAUUAGCAAUGUGACGAAACUCCUGCAGCAGUUCGCCCUUUUAAACGUGAGUUUGGUGCAGUAUUCCGCUGUGAAUGCUACGGAGAGACUGGCCAUGUUGAUACAAGAGAAGACUUAUCCGCUAGCUGAGAUCAUUGAUCCUGAUGAUGUGUUUUUUAUUGGGAAAGCUAUAAGGAAUUAUAUGCAGUAUAUAGCUGAGGAGAAAGAUCUUGGCCCCACACUCCUGGACGUGAUAAGUUCUACAAUGAACAUCAGUAUGCCUGUACUGGCCCGCGCGGAGACCAUGUACGGAGUGUGCACCGACAUCGCCCGCGCCGCCGAGGAGAUCUCCAAGUAUAUUGUCAAUAUCCAAGGGCAGAAGUCGAACCUAGCAGUGGAACAUUUCCGCGUGAGCGAGGGUUUCGGUGGCGCGACAUGCGUGUGGUACAGCGCGGAGCGCGGCGCGACGCCCCGCCUGCACUGUACCACCACCAACCGCACGGUGGCGCCACUACUCACCGUCACCGACGCGCUCAUACACGCUAGCGUACAGAUACCACAGUCCCUGCUCUACAGCACGACAGACGCAGGCGUUUUACUCCAGAGUCACCCACAAGACCUCGUCAUCUCCAUGUAUGAGAACGCGGCCCUCUUCCCUUUGUUACCUCUCAGUGACACGGACUCCGAGGCGCGCCUCACUCAGCAUCGAACCAAGGACUACUAUGGAAGAAGCACUAAAAGAGAGGAUAUGAAUAUUGAGAUCACUUCGCCUGUGGUCGGGUUUCAGUUGAUGAACACGAAGGUCCGCGGCGAGUUGAUAGAGCCGAUCAUAGCGACGGUCCGCGCGCGAUCAGUGGGCGGGGUCGACGGCCGCGCCGCCGUCUGGGAUCCCGCCACGCGCCGCUGGCAGGAUAAUACUACAGACUGCAAGAUAUCGCACGUGGUGUCGGAGAUGAUAAUAAUAAGCUGUCGUCGCCCGGCGCUGGUGGGGCUGCUGCAGAACGUGGAGACGGGCAUCUACGGCGCGCGGACGGACGGCGCGCGGUUCAAGGUGUCGCACCCGGCCGUGUACGUGGGGUCGCUGCUGCUGGGCGCGGCGCUGGCGGCCGCCGCGCUGGCGCACGCGCUGGCCUGGCGCCGCCUCGCCAUGCCGGCCCGCGCGCGACAUGCGCUCGUCAACUGCUGGGCCGCCAUGGCGCUGCUCUGCUUCAUGUACACGCUCGGCAUCUACCAGACCGAGGACGUCAAGCUCUGCCAGGUCAUCGGCCUCCUCAUCCACUACCUCUCCCUCUGCGUCCUCCUCUGGAUGUGCGUGCAGGCCAGUAACAUGUACAAGUGGGUCACUAAGACCCACAACCCGGUGCGGACUCCCGACGAUGAUAUACCUCCGGACGUGCCCGUGCAGAAACCUAUCCUGGGUUUGUACCUGGUCGGUUGGGGGAUAGCGUUGAUCAUUUGUGGAAUAUCCGGUGCAGUGAAUUUAAAAGACUAUGCGGGCUAUUCUCAGUGUUUCCUCAGUACAGCACCAGCUUUGAGUGCGUUGUUCGUCCCAGGAGGGAUUCUAUUAGUGUUUCUGUUGACUUUGUUCUUGUUAAUUCGGUGUACGAUAAGAAAUAAUAACGUGCAACUGUCUGAAGGGACGCAAGCCACUGAGAAUGUAGAUUUGGAAAUGUGGGAGCCUCAAAGUAACGAGAGAGCUGAGCGUAGAAGUGUAAAGUCUACGUUAGAUUCGGAGGUGGAGGAUAUAGAGCAUACUCCGAUAAUACAGUUGCGUGCGCAGGUGAUAGUGCUGUGCUUGUACCUGGCCGUGUGGACCUGUGGCGCUGUGGCCGUGUACCGGCCCUUACCUGCCUACCUGCCCUACCAGGAAGACAUCUGCAGCAUCAUGUACGCCGUCUGCGCCACAGUACUGGGCACCUUCAUCCUCUUUUUCUACGGCAUAGCAAGAAGUGACGUCAGAACACAGUGGUCCAUGAUGCAAUGCUACCUACAGAAAAGUAAACAGUGCUGCCGGAACAGAAGCGUUUUUGAUGCCAAUCAACAAAACCUACCUCAGAAUCAGACUGCCACGCCUCCUAUACUACCCAUACCCAAUGACAAUAGGUCCCAGUCAGGCAGUAGAAGUUCUAACCGAACGAAUUCUAAAACUAACAACAGCGGGACGUAUAAAGCAGCUGCAGAGCUGAACGGACAGACUCUACAAAAAGAUACAUUGAAAAACACCAACGGGAAAGCUCCAAACAUCAAUUUGGUGGUUUUACACAGACAACAGUACAGGUCGAAUAAUUCCAUGAUGACGUACCCCGACAACGGUACUGUUGGUCCUGAAAUAUUCUACAACCCCAAUCAAAUGAAUGUAGCCAAAAAGUUCUUUAAGAAACAGAGACAGAAUAUGAAGAGAAACUGUUUGGAACUACCGACGAGGAGGGAUUGUGACAACGACUCGCAUUUCUCUUUACCAUUACCCACAAAAGAGGCUUACAAUGGUGUUGCCAAUAUUAUAAACUCCGGAUCAAAAGUGAACAACACCAACAUACAUGUAGAGAGAUCUAACAACGGCAUGAAGGAGACUCGCAACGUAUUGAACCCGAACCUGUUGGAAGAUGAGUCGAAGGACAAUUACAAGAACUACUCAACAGAUAAAAAGGCGUGGAACAAAAACGAGGACCCCAAGACGAGCAGAGCACAGAUUAUGAAUAUUUAUACAAAUGUUCCCGAGACAUUGGUGCCUCAACACCAAGUUGUGAAGGCAAAUGUCCCGAAGAAUUUCAAUGGGCAGCGGAGCAGUGUCUCCGAGGAGUGUCUGCAGAGCCACGCCAGUGAGCAGCCAGAGAUGAGGACCAUCUCCCAACAGUGCAGCUUAGAGUACAGCUCAGCAUCAGAAAUAGCCAUGCCACACACAUGCUCUGAUCAAACACUAAACACUCAUUCAGAAAUGACCUCUUUCCAAGAAACACACAGUGCCUUAUGUUCUACCAACGAAAUCACCGACACCGAGAGCUUCGGACAGUAUAUAGAUUACUUGCAACCAGGGAAGCAGGACAAAGAGAAUGUUAUAGACAAGUCACUGCAAGAUAUCUCUGAAGAAUGCACCAUGAACUCUGACGAUGUGAACAGGUCUAGUACUCCGCAGCGACUGGAAGCAGACUCGGGGGAGCUGGACAAUCUACUGCAGAACCAGGAGCUGGAGGGUUCUAAAGAGAAGCUGGACGACGACAAGGAAACGUUCUUUAUGGCCAAAACAACGUAUGACUUCGAAACUUGCAGCACAAAUGCGAGCGAGCAAGGCUUUGAAAACGAGAGCGACAUCUAUUGUCCAAAUUACCAAAUGUCUGAAGUGAGUAUCCGAAGUCACGGUUUGUACGCUCCGUCGCCGUCGUCCAUGUGUCCAAACGAGAUCAGCUUCAGCAACGAGGACGUGUCGAACAUCGAGAGUCAGUACGUCAACUAUGAUCCUGGGUGGAGGAAAACUAUAAAGAGUAAUCCUAAGUUAGGUAAGUACGUGCCGACGCCAGCGCUCAGCUGUCCCGAGGUGAACAGGGACAGUAGUCCGGUGUCGUUCGCGAGUGAGAUAGACGAACUAUACACACAGAUCACGAGUAGAGAUAGAGAUAGAGAGCGGACGCCCAGGAAGGACACGGGGCUAGACGUGACGCUGAACAGCGACAUCACGCUGAAACCAGACAGCGACAGUUGUGUCAGUGAAGCGGUGUCCGAUGUAGAAAUAAAGGGAGAAACAACAGUGUAGUUGUAAACUGAACCUUACGGAGGCAUUUUGAUACCUAGUACGUUUGUAGGUAGAUCCUUAUAGCCUUCCUUCUAGUGAUUUUGGACUUAAAGUUAAUUAUAUAAUGAACUCUUUGUUAUUCGAAGAAAUGUUGUUUAUGUAUCAUAAAAGAUAUUAUUGCGAUGCUAUUAGACUGUAAACGUGCUACGAUUUAAGUUAUACGCUUCGGUAAUCUUCGGAGAUGUUGACUAUACUUUUUACAUUUACCGAGUUCCUUAUUGACACUGCCAUUAAGUCGAAAUUAACUUAGCGCAUAACUCAAAUGUUUGGAACGAAAAGUGUGCUAGAACAAAUUGAUAUGUUUGAAAUCUCAUACUAAUGUAUAAGAAUGUUGACUGUCUGUAAAUAUUAUUUUACUUUCCACGAGCAUUCUUACAUUUGCGUGCUUUUCAAAUGAAGUACGCACAUGUAUGCUUGAGUUGUGUACCGAGUUUUUGGGAGACCGUAAGGCACUAUUAAUCCUGCCUACCCCAAAAUAUCUACAUCGGAC